AUGAGCAAACCACUAGAAGUCCUGUUAGAUUCAGGUGCCACAUUGUCAUUCUUACACCCACAUACCACCAAGGCACUACGCCUACCACUCAUAGAUGUACCCUCACCCCAUACUGUUACCAUGCUCAAUGGGUCAAGCCCCCAGGCUGGCAAGAUUUGGAAGAAGGCAUUACUAACCUUCACCUACAAUGGCAAAAAGAUGAUGGAAACCUUCCUCAUCUGUAACACUGGCAGUCACACAGCCAUCCUAGAAUUGAUUGGAACCAAUGUACCAUCACCUUCCCUCACAUGCCCCCAGAACAUGUGGCUAUUGCCAAGGAAGAAGCCAAUCAAAACCCACUUGAAGGUACCUCCAGAAUACCAUCAAUACGCCAAGGUAUUUGGAGAGGAAGAAUUCAAUAAGCUUCCACCUCACUGGCAUUACAACAUUGGAAUAGAACUGAUAGAGGAAGGGCCCCUCAACUUGCCCCUAUACAGUAUGACAGAUGCCAAGUCCACUACACUCAAGGACUGGCUCAGGGACAAAUUGAAGGCUGGAAAAAUCCACCCAGCAAGUCUUCCAUCAGUUCACCCAUCAUGUUUGUCCCCAAAAAGGAUGGCUCCUGUCAAUUGGUUGUACUACUGCUGUCUCAAUAACUGGACCAAGAAAGUGCCAAGGUCUUUACUAAGCUAG